AUGGCGUUGACGAAAAGUGGCAUUAUAAGGUUUAGAGAACAGGUUGGGCAAAAGUUUUCGAAUUGGGUUCGAGACCAAGCUGCUCUUGCUGUUCUUGGUUUGGUUAAAUUCAAUAAGAAUGUUUUUGUGGGAUUGGUGUUGAUGGGUCCGAUUGUUAGAGCUUUAAUUCAAAUGGGUUCAUCUUGUUCGAUUCAAGUCCUCGCUGGACUAGUCAAAAUCAUCAGAACCCCUCUGGUUGAUGACAUCAAUGGAGAAAUCCCAAGAAUUAUCAGCCUCCUGGGCUCUGAAGACUUGUCAACUAAAGUGGCAGCCAUAAAUUGCAUUCUUGAAAUUGCGUUUUUGGGCAGAGAGGAAGUGAUUGGUUUAAUGCUUGAAGAACACCUGAUCAAGAAGCUUAUGGGUGUGCAGAGAUUGGAGGUGGGUUUGCAGUCCAAUGAGGACGAAAUGGAAGUGUUUGUGUGGAGGAGAAAGAGCCAAAAAUGGAGGAAAGUGUGGAGAAAUUUCCAUUUUCAAGGUGGGUGGCAAGUUUUGUAG